CAACCAGGAACAUCCAUCCCUAACUCAUUGAAGAAAUGUUCAGACUUUUAUUCCCCAAGUCAGUGUUUUCCUCUGCAAAGAUAGGGAAUCGUAUAUUCCAUGCCCCAAUCUCCCCCCACUAUCUGCUCCAGGGCAGGAGCUUUGCCUCAAGUCCACUGACACACUUGAUCUACAAGCGGGCAACUAAGAUCAAGAAACUACCUGAAGCUAUGGAACAGGAAAGGAAAGUUCUUAAAGACGCCAAAACCGUGUCCGACAUCGAAGAUAUAGAGAAAAUCAAAUCUUUAGCUACAAACAAAUACUAUCAAAAGACACCACUUCUUCUCAAACCGUACAUGAGAUCUAUUCUACUGAGACCUGCUGGCUUUAUCAUCAGCAUUGCUAUUCUCCAACAGGCUCUCUCCAUUAUCCCUUUCCUCAUACUCUGGUAUAUUUUUGACCAAUACGAAAUCAACCCUCCAUCUUUGCCAGACAACAUUGUCGUUAAGGGAAUGGAGCUCAUGCACAACGGUUUGAUAAACUGGGACGAGUCCCAAGGUGACAAACAUACUGCAGAAAUGGCAGGAGCAAAUGCGUAUGCCACCAUCCGUGUAUUGGGCCCAGUCAUCUGGAUCAGUGCUAUUCUUUUGGCACCUUUUUUCGACCAAUACGUUCUCCGGUCUUUAGGAAGAGUCAUCAAGAGACCCUUCAGCAAGGCUUUCAAAAAAAUAAAUCCAUCAAAAGCAUCCCCGGAAAAGAACGUUCCUCCCGAAGUCAGGAACUGACCAAGGCUGUAAUUCUUCUUCUGCAUCUUUGUAUAUAGUUUGGGAACAUUGUGUACUCUUUAUAGUUAAGCUAAUUUUUUUACUUACAGGGGCAACUACAAAUCAC